UAGGAAACCAAUGCAUUCGUAGACAGCGCACUUCCGGCUAGAGAAGGAAAGGCAUAUUGUGCAAUUCUUGGCUCAGAAAAAUGCCACCAAAGGCGAAGAAAGGAAAUGAACCGUCUAAGAAGACUGAACUGAAGAAGAAGGAUAAAAUUAUUGAGGAUAAGACGUUUGGGCUGAAAAACAAAAAGGGAAAUAAACAGCAGAAAUUCAUCAAGACUGUCGUCCAUCAAGUGAAAAAUGCAGGCCAGAAAACAAAGCUUGAAGAGUUAAACAAGCCGAAGGAUGGGAAGAAGAAGGUAGAUGAACUGGCAGACCUGAAUAAACUGUUCAAACCAGUCCAGCAGACUGUGGGAAAAGGUGUGGACCCCAAAUCUGUCAUCUGUGCUUUCUUCAAGCAGGGGCAGUGUGGGAAGGGAGACAAGUGUAAAUUUUCACAUGACCUCAACGUCGCACGCAAAGCAGAGAAAAAAAAUCUGUAUGAAGAUGUUCGAGACGAAGAUAAAAUGGAGAACUGGGAUGAACAAAAACUGGAAGAAGUUGUCAACCAAAAGCACUCGGAGUCCGAAAAGGCUAAACCGAAAACUUCAAUUAUAUGUAAAUUUUUCCUGGAAGCUGUUGAAAGCUACAAAUAUGGCUGGUUUUGGAGUUGUCCGAAUGGUGGAAAUGCCUGCAUGUACAGACAUGCUUUACCUCCAGGAUUUGAACUGAAGCGAGACCAAAAGAAGGAUGACAAGGAAGAGAAAGUCUCAAUAGAGGAACUGGUAGAAAAGGAGAGAGCCUCCCUAGGUCACAAUACAACGAGAGUCACCUUAGAAUCGUUCUUAAAGUGGAAGGAAAGGAAGCGAAAAGAAAAGAUUCAAGCAAUGAAAAAAGUUCAAGACAAGAAAAAGACGGAUUUCAAACAAGGCAAAGUGUUCGGAAUCAGUGGUCGUGAGUUGUUCGAGUUCAACCCUGACCUUGUGCAAGGUGAUGACGACGAGGCUGGUGAUGAGUCUUAUGAGCGCGAUGAUGAUGAGGAUGAAGCUACCUUCCGUAAUGUUAAGGACAUAGACUUGAGCAUGUUCGUUCCUACUGAGUGUGACGGUUCUGGAACAAAGGCGGACCGAGACGUAAGAAUCACCAACGGCACUGCUGAAGCCUCUGGUGGGGAAGCUAUGGUGAAUGGGGAUGAUGGAGAUGACGAAGCAGGAAAACUGGACAUGGCAGGAGCGUUACCUCCUGGGGCUAGCGGGGGUGCAGAAGGGGGAGGGGAACCUUCAGACGCAGACGCCGCUAUUGCCAUGGCAAUGGCAGCAACAAAAGAAGCAGAUAUGAACAUUGAGAUUGAUGAGGCGUUGUUUGAUGGAGAGGAUUUAGAUUUAGUGGACGAAGAUUUAGAAACGUUAGACCUGGAUGAUUGAUGAAAGCGUCUGAGUGAUGUGGAUGAUUGGGGGGAUGAAAGCUUUUUGGUGAUAUGGAGUAAAAUUGAAAGCUUACAGUACACGAGAAUGGAUGAAAAUAAAUGCCUUUAUUGAAAAAAUGUGGUAUGGGAAAUAUUAUUUUAAGAUUCUAAAAUAUCUUACACAGCUUGUUAUUCCUUCCAGGCCAAAGAUGUCUUGUGUACUAUUUGCAAAGUUAAAUUUCCCUAUUAAUGCCUUUGACAUGGAAAUAGGUGUCACUUGUUUACGUUUAUCGUAGGGAAUUAGUUUGCUUAAUUGAUGUUUAAUAUGAAAAUAAUUUUAAACUUUUAUUUACUUUAUUAUAAGGUUCAACAUCUUUCUUUUCAAAAUUAGAGCAUAAUAAAACUGUCAUUUCAACUAUUCAUAAUGUUUAUAAUUAUAUAUAUUUAUAUAUAUAAACUCUUCUUUUGUUUACAUGUAUUAGUUGGAUAAGUGGAUUUUCAGGAAAUAUCAAGUGCUAAAAAUAAUCAUUUAACAGUUAUUUUUUAUGUUUCAAAAAACACCCCUAUUACUUUGAUAAAUGCAUUUUGACAUGUACAGUAUAUAUGAAAAAUAUUUUCAAUAAGAAAAAUACCAAUGGUUUUAUUUGAUAUUGAUACUUAGCAAAAUUUUACUUAAAUACUGGGAAAGUCAGGGAUAUUAUUGAUUUUUUGCAAGGUCAGUGUCUGUCAGAUAUUGAAAUUCUGAGUGAAACAAAAUUUUAACACCUUUAUGACUCAAGGCUUUUGCAGCAUAGAACCUUAAGUCAUUUGGAGUCUUUAGGGGAGGAGUAGGCCACUUCAAUCACAAUGUAUCGUCAGUGUAAAUCUCGAUUUGGUCAGGGGAAAUUCAGGAAAUAUUCUUUUUUUCCUUAUUGGUGCCUACACCUUUAUAACAGCAGCUCAGAUAUAUAUCUGAAUUCUUAUUUUCUUUCAAAAAUGCUUACAAACCCUAAUUUGCUAUUCCAUUUCAACAUGCAAACCCACUUAAGUAGGCACUACUGCUGGUAGGCAAACUGAAUAAAUUCUAUUUCCCAUUUGUUUUCUGCUACAAUAACUUCAGAAAAACUAAAAGGGAGAGAGUCUAAUUUGAAAGUGCCUUCUUGGGGUGUGUUGCAUGUUAUUAUGCAAUAUCCCUUUCUGGUGUUUUUAGAAAUAAAAAUUAUUUAGAAAAUUUUGAAUUGCAUUUAUAAAAAGUUAAUCCCAAAAAUGUAUUUAUGUUGGAAUGUUGAUAAAUUUGUACAGACAGAAAAGCUUAAAAAACAUGCUCUGGAAUAAAUUUAUGGAAAAGUG